GACAGGACAGCUCUGCUACAUCUAAUAUCAUUGUCUUGUAUAAUUCUAAACGUGAUGACACAUAUUCUAGAUCCUGUAGAUCUGAAGGCUUACAGAGUUUUUGUGGCAGAAACCUACACUGGUAUAAUUUAUUCUUUUAGGUUCAGGGUGGGGAAAUUCUGAGAACCGUACGUCCUACCACCAGUUCAGCUUUGUUUCUUUUUUGCUUUCAUGAAGUCUUUUGCAGAUCCUUCGUCACUGAAGACUAAGACCACAACAUACAUGCCACACAGGAGAAUCAUGUUCUUCUAUUUAGCAACCCUUCUCCUACUUCAGAAACUUGGUGGGGGCCAUUGCACUGUCACAUUAUUACAGCCACCCGCUAUAACUGCCAUGCGGGGCUCCUCUGUUAAUUUGAGUUGCCAAUUGCAGCUAAAUGGAGUAAAAGUGGCUCGGGUCAAUUUAUAUUGGUUAGUACCAGACGCCAACGACAAAGUUAAAGAGUAUUUGUACCCCAGGCCAAAGCUCAGAAGUACCAGGAUCAACAACUCACGUCUGGUCUACCCAGUUUUCAUAAAUGACCUGUCCCUGACCAUCGAUGAUGUACAACCGUCAUAUUCCGACACCUAUAUAUGCGAAACGUCCCUGGUGAUAGGGCUGCAAAAUCAAAGGUCUACAGGGAAGGGGACAUAUCUUCUUGUGUAUGAAGAAUUGAUGACGUUUAUAAACCACAGUGAUAUCGUCUGCCAAGUUAAAGUGCAAGGGACACAGAACGUGGAUCUGGUUUGGGAAUUCCAGGGUCAGGAAUACGACAGUGUUAGUUCCAGUUUGAUUCCAUCUCCAGACAAUUCAUAUUGGAUCAUCAGUGUUUUGAGUAACUGGACUCAGUGGUGCCAGAACCAGCAGAACACAACCUUCACCUGCAAGCUCCGGUACAUGGAGCAGAGUCUGGUGGAGCGCAAUAUCCAGGAUACCUGUGCAGGAGACCUGCCGGCAUCUCAUUCAGCACCACAGCCCAUCCUUCUCUACGUCCUUAUACUUGGUAAUACGCUCCUAAUUCUCUUGAUUAUCAUCAUUAUUAUAUUUUUCUGGAAGAAGAAGGAGAAGAAAAGAAGAAUCCAGGUCGUUGCACCGUAUGCUAAAUUUUCUUCUUCCUCCAAGACUAAAUAUAAUGGUUGAAGGUAGAAUAUAAUAUCCGGAUGUCUAGGUCUCUAGUAGUAUUCUCCUUGCUUGUUUAUGUUGCAUCUUGAUGCUUUUAUACUGAGCUCCAGGUCGCUUCUCAGAUGAUGGAAAAGUUUAAGUGUAAGCAUCACUUAUAACAAUGUAUACUGAGAGUUACAUGGUUUCUGCUUACUUGACCCCCUAACCCAACCGUGGUCUUAGCUCAAUGCCAAGAAGCUGCUGCAAAAUCAAGCAGAUAUGUGGGUACAAAGAAUGUGGCACAUGGAGUAUUCAUUCCAAGAUCUAUAAUAAAUGGUGGAUUAAGGAACACCACUCACAUGGGGAGGAACUGGUUCUUUUCUGCAAAAGGACAACCACAUUCCCUGGAGUUGCCAAAGAAAAUGUGCCAGUUUCUGUUUCAGGCUCAAACAAGAGACAGGAUGGACUGUGGGGGUCGGCAUCCAUUAGCAGUUGCUUCCAAGGGUAUUUAUGUAGCUGCCUGUCAAGUAGUGAGCGGUUUGCUUUACACAUGUUCCAACAGCAGUUAGCAGAAUUAUGAGCGCAGCUCUGAAAUACAGUGUAAUACAUAAUGUAACCCAGGAUCAAUAGAAGGAAAAAUGUAAUGCUAGUUGCAAAGUUGGUCAGUUAGAGGGAUACUUACAUCAGAAAUGGGUAUUACUUUGAAAAUUAAUAUUCAUAGGGGGGGGGACGUAAAAAUUUGCAGUGGUUUUCAUUUUCAUUUUAAUAUUUUUCAUUUUAAUUUUUUUUAUUUAAAGUCAUGUCCUUCUAUGGAAGUCAAUAAGACAUCUUAUAUAGAUAGGUCAUCUAUUGUCUGCUGUGAGGGCAAAAAGCUAUGUCAGGGUAAUUCUCAUUAUAAUAGUAGGUGCAGACUUGGGAUAACAGUAUGAAAGCUUGAUAGACGUAGAUAAAGAUGCCCACGGAGGAGCACUGCAUUGAUUAGAGUAAUCUUUGAUUAAUUUAUUUAGUCAUUACAAGGGGGUUCUCAAUGGCCGUAGUGAUGGUCUGACUGAAGGAGUAAAGCGAGGGCAGGCCCAAGCCACUCUGUGCAUCCUUGCUCCUCUGCCAGCACCUCCCACUCAUUCCUAAGGUCCAACUUCCUGCAUAGUCAUCUCACCUGGCUCUGUCAAUCAAGUAGGAGAGGGCUGUCAGAGGAAACAGGAGGAGCAAUGGUGCACAGAAUGGCUUGGGCCCUCCCUUGGUGCACAGAACUGCUUAUUUGCAUAUGGAUUUCAAGUAAUUUUUCUCUAGAAUGAAAAAAACUAUUGCUAAGUGAAGGGUAUCAUUACAUUUAGUUGAGCUAGCUCUACAAGGUAUUGUACCCAUUCUGGAAAUGGGACCCGCAUCUAUCUGAUAUUAAUUGCAUAUCCUGGCGACCUCUUUAAACUUUAGUGCGUAGAAUUGUUCCAAUCCUGUCUGUAUAUGACUGUGUGCAUGCUGCUUUGUUAAUAAAAUAACUGAACUGA